AUGGAGUCACCAGCGGAGUCUCAAUCCGCCGAGUUCUGGUUUCACUCUGCUCCCUCCUACGCUCCCUCUCCUUUCGUCACAAAAUUGUUACUUAGUGAGGAGGAGGAGGAGGUUUCUGAUGACAAAACCGAGGCAGUGUCCACGAAACUAGAAGCGAGAGAUAUUUUUGAAAAGGAUAGAGAGAUGUAUCAACCUCCAUAUCUGAAUAAGACAGGGCCAACGGUUAGUAUUCACAACCACAUUGAUAAACCAAUAUUCCGAGCUAAGUCUAGCAUCAGACCAACUCCAAGGAGCUCGACGUUAAUGAAACCUACUGCUAGUCAGCUGUACUGGUUAUCAGUUGGAGCUCAACCAACAGACUCAGUCGAGAACAUGCUCUUCAGGGCCGGUUUGAUUCCUCCAAAGCCUAUGGUUGUAGUAGGUUCCAAGAACGGACAGCAAUCCACCAACCACCAUGUUUCACCCAUUACAGGUGAGAUCUUGAACUAG